CCACAUACUCGAGAGGCACAUGUACAUAUAAAAUAAUACAUAUACAUAUUGAGUAUAUUAAUACAUAUAAAUCCACUUUGGUGCCCGACUCCAAUCAAGAUGUACGCAAAUUUGUUGCGCCUGUAUCAGCUGCCACGCCUUGUACUGCACGCACAGCCCAGCCGCGUCAUAUGCGCCACACCGCCACGCUACAAGGUCGACGCAUGCAAUAUGUACGAUAAGCUGAAGUUCGAGUUUACUGAGGAGAACAAGUGCCGCGUCAAGGAAUUGUUGGGCUCGUAUCCGGAGAAGGAGCUGCGCGGUGCUCUGUUGCCCUUGCUGGACUUGGCUCAGCGACAGCAUGGCUGGCUGCCGAUCACAGCCAUACAGGCUGUGGCCGAAGUGCUAAAACUGGAGCCGUUCGCCGUGUGGGAGGUGGCCAACUUCUAUACCAUGUUUAAUAUGCGUCCCAUUGGCAAGUACCGUGUGAAGGUGUGCAUGACGACACCCUGUCAGCUGCGCGGCUGUGCGGACGUUUUGCGUAUCUGUGAGAAAACAUUGGAUUUAAAGGAUGGCGAGACCUCAAAGGAUAUGGAGUUUACACUGAAUACUACUUACUGCAUGGGCGCCUGCGUCAAUGGCCCCGUUAUGUCUGUCAAUGAUGAUCUCUACGAGGAUCUCAACGUGGACGAAACAGAGAAGAUCUUGUGCGAACUGAAAGAUGGCAAAUUGCCACCACCUGGACCGCGCAGUGGCCGUUUUGCCAGUGAGCCGAUCACGGGGCCCACCUCAUUACUGAUGGAAGCACCGCCCGCGGGCUUUGGCAUGCAGGAGCUGUGCAAACCCAAGACAAAGCCUUGUUAGCACCGCGCUGCAAGCAAAUCACAUUUUGUUUACUAGUUUUUAAGGCAUUAAAAAGGCAUAGUUUCUGGCCAAGCAGCAAAUGUA